CCUGAUGCACACGAACUCAUCGCAAUGACUUUCGAAGAAGUGCUGGUUCAGAACAACGCGGAAGCUGCUCAGUUUGUUGGGGAAACAUUAGAAGAUGCAUUGACUGUAGCUAAGAAUAACGACUGCCUUACCGUCGGAGUAUACGAGUCAGCUAAAGUAAUGAACAUUGACCCAGACAGCGUGUCGUUUUGCAUACUGGCAACCGACGAGGAAUACGAGUGCGAUAUCGCCCUGCAGAUUCACUUCACCCUGAUCCAGGCUUUCUGCUUCGACAACGACAUCAACAUUGUCCGAGUGAAUGACAUGCAGCGACUUGCUGAUAUUAUCGGCGACAAGUCCGGAGAUGUGGAAGAUGCACACUGCGUUCUCAUCACGAACCCAGCUGAAGGUUCGUGGGAGGAUCCAGCCCUGGAGAAGCUGCACCUGUUUUGCGAGGAGAGUCGCAGAAUGAAUGAAUGGGUGCCCGAAGUAACUUUCCCGGAGCGCUGAAAUGGGACUAAAUAUGGAUUCUGGAAACCUGAAGGAAUUACCAUCCUACCAGAAAGGACGAUGGGAAUCCUAAACACACACUGGGUGUCCCCGAAUGAGGAUGCAGUCCCAGGAAGCCCCGGGAUAGGUCGGAGAUCCCAGCGAUGGUCGGUACCUGCCCGAAUAACCAAGAUCCUUCUACUGGACGAGGUCUGGUGCGGCAGGAAGAGGAGACAAGAGUUUGCUUCAAGAAACUUGGGAAGCGAACUAUACGGAGAAACGCAUUUGAAGAAGUAACAGCAUGAAGAUGGAGAACAUGCAUUUCUUUGAACGUUUGUUUUGUAACCGAAAUAAUUGAA